GCUUUGAGCAAUUUGUUUGUACAUUUUUCCAAUUGAUUGAAAAAGAAGCCGGUAAAAUGCUAGUGUUGUUGAGAAUAAUUGCAUUUUGCACAUUGCUAUUAUCUAGCAAUGCUUCCGAAAUUGAUGUCAAUGGCUAUUUAGCUUAUUGUCCUUGCAUGGGUCGAUUUGGUAACCAAGCCGAUCAUUUCUUAGGAGCAUUAGCUUUCUCUAAAGCUCUCAAUCGUACAUUAAUUUUGCCACCAUGGGUUGAAUACAGGAAAGGGGAAAUACGUUCUACACAAGUUCCUUUCGACACCUAUUUUCAGGUGGAGCCUUUACAAGAAUAUCACCGAGUUAUACUAAUGGCUGAUUUUAUGAUGCAUCUAGCUCCAAAAAUUUGGCCUGAAAAUAAACGUAUUUCAUUUUGCUACAUGGAGAGGAAAACUUUAAGUCCCAACAAAGCUCCGAAACCCGACUGUCAUGCGAAAGAUGGAAAUCCUUUUGGUCCAUUUUGGGAUACGUACAACAUAUCCUUCGUGGAUUCUGUGUUUUACAGUCCUCUCAAUUUCGACAUACAUCACAGGGCAAUGGCAACAAAAUGGCAAGAGAAAUAUCCGCCUACAGAAUGGCCUGUUAUACCAUUUACUGGCGCACCAGCUAGCUUUCCCGUACAAUCAGAGAAUAGGGAUUUGCAUCGUUAUCUACGUUGGUCAAACAUUUAUGAAGAUAUGAUGCGUACUUUUAUUAAAAAUAAUUUACCUCGUGGUGCUUUUAUUGGUCUUCAUCUCCGUAAUGGCAUUGAUUGGGUACGAGCAUGUGAACAUGUACGAGAUAGUCAGCAAUUAUUCGCUUCACCACAAUGCCUCGGAUAUAAUAAUGAGCGUGGUUCAUUAUAUUUCGAUCUUUGCUUGCCUUCUAAAGAGCUUAUUAUCAGACAAAUCAAACGUUUGAUUAAGAGCGUUAAGCAGAGUAAUCCUACCAAUGAGAUUCGUUCAAUAUUUGUGGCAGCAGACGCUAAUCAUAUGAUAAAGGAAUUAAACACCGCAUUGUCGCGAAUGAAUGUUACCGCCCAUAAAUUAUAUAAUGAUGACCCACACCUUGAUCUAGCCAUAUUAGGUAUGGCAAAUCAUUUCAUCGGCAAUUGUGUUUCGUCAUUUAGUGCAUUUGUCAAAAGAGAACGAGAUGUUAAAGGUUUACCUUCAUAUUUUUGGGCAUAUCCCAAAGAAAAAGAACGCCAACAUGCAAGAACCCAUGAAGAACUCUAAAGCAUUCACACAAAUGUUGAUCGCAUUUAACUCGCAUUUGAACUUAAAAAAAUUCUCAUAUAUAACAUAUAAGGUGCUUGUAAUUCCAAUAUAUUAUAUAUAUUAAUAUAUUAUACUUUUUAUAGAUUAAGAAAGCGCUAAAUAAACUCAAAGCUAUUAC